UUACUCUAUUCGAUCCUGUUUCUUUUUAGGUAUUCAAUAUUUCUACUCGGAACAAUGAAUAUUGGUGAUAAAUUUAUUACGAAAUUAUUAGAUGUGAAAUUACGAAAAGAAGAUGUGUACAGUGGUGAACGUGUAUUCUCACCUAAUCCACGAACUAUAUACGGUGGUGAGCUAAUGGCUCAAGCUUUAAUGGCUGCUAGUAAAACUGUUUCAAAAGAUUUCAGACCGAAUAGCUUACAUUGUUAUUUUCAUGAUCGAUCAAAUGUAUUGGAACCAAAUGAUUAUCAUGUUACAAAACUUCGUGAUGGACGUUCAUUUUGUCAUAGAUUAGUUGAAGCAUUUCCAGCAAAUAAAAGUGCAUCUGAUUCAAUUACUCCAUAUUUUCGUAUGGAUUGUUCAUUUAAAACACCAGAAAAAGAUCCUGCAUCGUUUUUAUCUUCCAUGCCUAAUGUUCCAUCGGUCGAUAAACUUCAAGAUUUUAAUUCAUAUGUAAAAUCACUUGAUUCUGACAACUUGCCAAAUGUACCACGAACUCGGGUACUACAAUAUCAAAGUUUCAAUGCUAAUUCACCUUUUGAAACGGUGUUUUGUGAACCUGAAUAUGUUCUUGGUCUUAAAUCAAAUGUUGGUGGACAGCUACACUCUUGGAUCCGUUUAAAGGAACCACCAUCUGUCUCCCUACAUUCCUAUCGUGAUGCUUUCUUAGCAUAUCUUUCGGAUGCUCUUUUAUUAUGGGUUGCUCUUACUGAACCACAUCAUGUUUCAUACUUGGUCACCCUAAAUCAAAGCAUAUGGUUUCACAAUCCCGAAGUUGACAUUAAACCGGAUGAAUGGAUUUUGUUUGGAACACGUGCAAAUUACGUAGGUGGUGCUUUAACACUUUCAUACGGAGAUAUUUGGAACAAAGAAGGCUGUCUCCUUGCAAGCAUGGCUCAACAAGGUUUGGUGAGAACUCAACAACUGCAACCAGUCUCAUCCUACACAUCCAUGGCGGAAUUGGCGAAACAAGCAGAAAAGUAAUCUGAUAUUUAACUUUAGGAAAAAUUCCACUAUCCUUUUGUAUCUGAAUUUCUAUCGUGAACAAAUAUAUAUCCACGUAAAUUUCUUCAGCAUAUAUAAAUAAGUCUCUGAAUCAUAAUGUUCUGGUUAAAUCUUACUCUUUAAUGUCAUUGGCGCUGUGAUUCUCUUAUCACUUUGUCCCCCGUAUUUUCCUCAUAUCUGUUGUGCAUUGUUAAAUUUACCGUUUUCUUUAGCAUUUUCCCUGUGAAGGCUAACAAGCCUAACUAUUUCAGUAGUAAAGUAACUUUUCUUCAGUUGGAAAAGUGAUUGAAAUCUUGUCAGCAUUCAGUGCUUCUUUCAAACUUUCUGUUUACAGUUUUUACUAGGUUGAAUUGAACAAGCAGUAUCCUUCCUUAUUGGAUCACUCAUUGUAAACUGAAGUUAUAAAUAAAGUUAACCUUACAUCUAAUUUUACACAGGUUCAUU